GCCAGUGCGUCACUCGCAUCCGUUGCCAGCCAAGCAUCCUGGGAUGAAAUAAAAUAAAGAGAAAAAUAGAUAAAUAGAGAGAGAGAGAGAGAGAGAGAGAGAGAGAGAGAGAGAGAGAGAGAGUGAGAGAGAGAGAGUGGGAGGGAGAUAGCGAAUAGCGCAAGGGAUAAGAAUAACGUACUAUCUACGCCGGUGAUUCUUCUUUAUUCUUAUCCGUCGUUCAUUCAAUAGUAAUAUCAUAUCGAGUACAAGAAGACAUUUCGAGAUCUUAGGCAGAAAAAAAUUUCAAACACAGUGAAGAAUAUGAAGAUUGGUUUUAUCGGAUUUAUUUGUCUCGGCAUUUUCGUCUUUGCCGAGAGCAUCAGCGCCGGUCCGUUUUUCGAUGAUGACGAAGAAGCUUUUACGUCGGACAUAGACUAUUCGGACAAUACAUUGGAGAAUCUAAUGCAUGCUGUUCAACAAAAACGUGCCUCGUGGAUCUCUAUGUUCAGGCGCGCAUGCGUUCGACGCAAUGGAAACUGUGAUCACCGGCCCAACGACUGUUGCUUCAGCUCGAGCUGCCGCUGUAAUCUCUGGGGCUCCAACUGCCGAUGCCAACGGGUCGGACUCUUCCAGAAAUGGGGAUAAACGGACUUCUCCCUCAAAGGCAUAUCAACCUCCAUCUCCACGAUCCUCUCAUCCUUAUUCAUUGUCCUUCCGAUAGUAGCCUCUUUCACUACCCAAGUUUUCUUUAAGCGCAAUAGAUUAAUGGACGAAUGAAAGAGAAGGAGGACGGCACGGAGAAGGCUAACAAGCAACAUUUGCGAUAAUAAAACCAUAUAUUAUGUGCGUAUAUGUUAUUCGUAAUUUUCGAAUGAGUUCUACAUAAGUUCGACAUUUAUCAUUUAUUUCGAAUCACUAUCUGUAAUUUUCCUUGAUUAUUACAUAUUCUGAGUAAUUUUUACAAUAAUUUACAAACAUUUGUGUUCAAUAAG